GACUCCAACGACAAAGAAGAAUGAAAGAAAAAGAAGCAAAAAUAGCAAGAAUGGAUCACGAAAAGACCAGAAUUUGUGUUCUUGAUGCUUCAAACUAUGUGGGUUUUUGGAUUCUCAAAGGAUUGUUGAGUAGAGGGUAUGAAGUUCAUGCAGCUAUCCAAAAGCAUGGGGAUCAGAGUCAGACAGAGAUAGAGAAUAAAAUUAGGGAGAUGGAAAAAAUAGAGGAGAGACUGGUGGUAUUUUCUGUAGAUGUUUUGGAUUACCAUAGCAUUCUUGUAGCUUUGAAGGGCUGCUCUGCUUUGUUCUGCUGUUUAGACAGUUCAGAUGGAUAUGAUGAUAAAAUUGUGGAUUUGGAGGUGAGAGGAGCAAUUAAUGUAGUGGAAGCGUGUGCACAAACAGAGAGUAUUGAGAAGAUUGUGUUUACUUCUUGUUUGACUGCAGCAAUUUGGAGGGAGAACAUUUGUGCAGAGAAGGAUGUUGAUGAGAGGUCAUGGAGUGAUCAAGAAUUUUGCAGAAAAUUGAAGCUGUGGUAUGCCCUGGCAAAGACACUCUCAGAGCAGGCAGCUUGGGCUCUAGCCAUGGAUCGCAUGGUCAACAUGGUUUCCAUAAAUGCUGGACUAGUUCUUGGACCUGGUGUCACUCAACAGAAUUCUAGGUCAACAUUGUCAUAUCUUCAAGGUGCUGCACAAAUGUAUGAAAAUGGAGUGCUGGCAUUUGUUGAUGUGAAUUUUCUAGUCGAUGUUCAUAUUCGAGCCUUUGAGGAUCGGUCCACAUGUGGGCGGUAUUUCUGCUUUAAUCAGAUAGUCAAUACUGAGGAAGAAGCUAUUAAACUUGCACAAAGCUUAAGCCCUUUAAUAUCCUUACCAGCUAGGUAUGAAUGCCAAGGAAGUGAGGUUUUUGCUGAGAGGUUGAGGACCAAGAAGUUAAACAAGCUUGUGGAGGGCACUGCAUGUUAGUGAAAGAAGGUAGUCUUAUUUGUAGCUAUUCCAUUAGUAAUGGAACAAGCAGGGUCUUCAAAUUUCUAAUUUCUUGUUAUUAUGAGUGGAUGUAUAUAAUUUUUUUUGUUGUUCAAUCGUCAAUGAAAUUUUAUCUGCUUUUUAGUUUUGGUGGAUGGAA